AUGGCAACGCUCCUUGCCCCAACUCCCGCCCUUCCGGCCCUUAACAAGGCUCUGGGGGUUCAAUGCUUCGAGAAGAGCCGCGGACUUGAGCAGCCACCGGUUGAUGGCGAGCACAUCCAGAACCUCGCCACCAUCUUCGUCCGUCAUAACGCCCAGAACGCACUCGGCAUCCACCUGAUCCACGGUCACUUCAGCAUACCCGAGAACACGGUCCUUCUGGGAACCAACUUUGAGGGUCCAAAGGGCCGCUGGGCCAAGGUAACGGGGAUUGAGUACGUUGACCCAGCCAGCGUCCACGGUCACAUUUUCGUUCUUAGCGACGACGGUCUCUGCGCCUACGAGUACCAGGAAGGCCCACUGCCCGAUGUCUCUGUUGUCGGUAGAGGCUUUCUGCGUGAGUUCGUCAACUACCUUGUCGCCAACCACCUCACCGAACUCAUCGGCCUCCAAGUCCUCAGCGAUUGCGGCGGCAACCAGUCCAUGUACGAGCUCAUACUCAACGAAGGUACUGUUAUGCUUCAGGAAGAUGCCGUCAAGAACUGCGAGCCUACCAGAGUGACUGGGUGGAAGUUUGAGGCCGGUCCCAGUGGUCCUCGCGCCUGCCAAUCCAAUGAAACGCACUCUACGAUGACUUCGGGCAACCAUAAAGUCUUUAACGCCGGCAAGCCGCUUCCGAAGCUCAAGAACGUUGAUGAUCUCAAGGCAGCCCUGGCCGUUGCCGGAGUGAUUUGA